AUGGCAGAUACCCCGAAGGAUACCAAAGACACUCUCAAGACGUCGCCAUCGGAGAAGCUUCAUGGAUUUGAAUGGUGGAGAAGGUCGCUAGCCUACCGUACGGGACUUGGUAUUUCCGAGGCGGAGAAGGCUCAGUUUGAGCACGACUACAGAGUUAAGAACUUCCCCGACAACUGUGACAAAUGUGAAGAGUACAGAGACUGGAUGCUUCGAUACUCUCCAUCAGUGACGUUUAUGAUGGGCCAUGUCAAGAAAUUAGGCGGAAACUUGUCUACGAACAACAUUACUUGUGAUAUGUGUGACGACUUGAAAGGUGGAGGAUUCCAUCCAGAUUUGGGGAUUUUGUUGUGCUCCAACUGGAUCCGUGACAAGUGGCAGCUUGAAGAUAUUUUGACCCACGAGCUCGUUCAUGCCUAUGACUACUUGAAGUUCGACAUUGAUCUCACCAACUUGAGGCACCAUGCAUGUACAGAAAUCCGGGCUUCCAUGUUGAGUGGAGAAUGCCGUAUCAUGAACGAAAUCCGUAAAACCGGUCUAGGUAACUUCGGUAAAAAGUUUCAAGAUUGUAUUCGUCGGAGAGCUGUGAUUUCUGUUUCUGCGAAUCCCAAAUGUGAAUCUCCUGAGGUCGCUGCACAGGUGGUGGAUACCGUGUGGAAAUCUUGUUUCAAUGACACUAGACCUUUCGAGAGGGUUUACCGUUAG